AUGGCUGACAACAACUUGAUUUCUCCAAUCAACCAGCUUGAAACACUUGCCCGUGAUCUGCAAAGCCUCAUUGAGAAAGCCAACAUCAAUCCUACCCUCAUCAAGACUAUAUGCUGCCGUGAAUGCUUUUCCCUAUACCCUCCAAACCGUGAUGCAUCCCUCUUCUGCACCUAUCUACCGUAUCCGCAUGAGGAACAAUGUGGAGAAACUCUAUUCAAGCAGAACCAGUCCAUUCUCACCUGGGUCACCUGGCUGCUUUCCAAACCAGACACUGAGAAGGAAAUUCAAGAAUGGGCUGGCAAAGUUGGCAAUCAAGACAUAUUUCUGACUGAUGUUCAAAACGGCACCGCUUUCAAAACCUUGUUCAGUAAAGAUCAGUCCAACUCUUUGGACUUGGCCUUAUCUCUAUUCGUCAAUUGGUUCAACCCACAUGGAAAUAAAAUUGCUGAAAGUGUUGAAUCUAGUGGAGUGUUUGCUUUCUCUUGCUUAAACCUCCCGCCUUCAACUCAAAACAAAGUCUCCCAUAUUGGUCUUGCUGGAAUAACUCCAGACCCCUUUUCACCCAACACCAAAACAAUCAAUCAUCUCUUGAAACCCUGGAAUCUGGUGUUGAAAUCCGAACAUAUCAGUAUCCUAAUGGUCAAACGGUCAAAGGAUGCCACACUAGUGGCGGCCCAAUUGGCCAAGGAUUCAACAUCAAGCACGGAAUCAGAGAAUCUUCUCAAAGAGUCAGGUGUACAAUGGUCAGAGCUCAACCGCCUAAGCUACUGGAAUCCAUCUGAUAAAAUUGUGCUUGGUGACUUGCACAAUUGGCUGGAAGGGAUCUUGCAAGCUCAUUUCCAAUAUUUAUGGGGUUUCAAAUCAAUCACCAAGAAGGAAUCCAAAAAACGAAGACGUUCUGCUUAUGCACAAUCAAGAAGAAAGCAGGCACAAUUGGGUGGUGCCACAUCUGCAAUGUCUUUGGAAGAGACCUCUGAAAAUUCCAGACUGGAGGACAGCUCAGAUGAAAGCAACACAGAUCUUGUCCUUGAUGGUGGUCCAGAUGGUCCAUUUUUCUCCCAGAACAAUGUGACAAUGCAAUCAGCUCCACCAGACCCAACAACCCAUCAGUAA